ACGAAACUGAACGAAACGGACCAGGAGCUGAGCGACGAGGCUGAACUUGGAAUCCGUUCCACCUUAAAAGCUCCCACAGUUCAGUCAGUACAGGCUGACCAGGGCUGAGGGGCUCCUGCUCAGGGCUGAGAGAGCAGGAAUGGACGAAUAUCUUCACCCCCUCUCUGUGGAGGCUGUGGAGGGUCGCUGGCCCUCCGCCUCCGCCAAGACCCUCACUGCCAAGCUCCAGAUCUACUUUCAGAGCAGGAGGAAGUCUCAGGGUGGGGACUGCGUGGUGAGGUUCUCCGAGCAGAGCCGCGCCGCUGCUGUUCACUUCAGAUCCGCUCAGACUCGAGAUCAGGUUCUCUCUAAGGGAGAUCACUCUGUAUCUAUUGAAAACCAGCUGGUGAAACUGAAGGUGUUCAAACCCGGUGAUGAAGGAAAUCAGACCGAAGAGACCAGCAGAGCAGCUGGAGCAGGAAGUGACAUGGCAGUUGACCUUCAGCAUCCAGGGAGCAUUUCAGAAAGGACUGAUCCGGAGGUACACAUGGGGUCAAUCGGUCUACCUCCAAACCUUGGCCCUGAUGGGAUUCAGAGAGACCCAGCUGAGGAAUCACUCAAGGAUUGUUUGGAAGAACCUCCGCAGUCCAAUAUUGUGGCACUGGAAAAACUUCCAGACAGCUUUUCCAAAGAUUUUCUUGUGCUUUUAGUGGAGAAAAUCAGUGGCGUUCCUGAAAAGGAGUUCACCCUGGAGUUAAUAACAGAAUCAAACAUUGCUGUUCUGAUCUUUAAUGACCUCAAAGUGGCUGAGAAGUUUCUAGUGGAGAGCCGGAGCCAUAAAAAGUUCCAACAGUAUGGUGUUAGAGGUCGAGCUCUGGAAAAAAGUGGAAGUGUUAAAGUGGAAAGCUUACAUGGUGAGGUCUCGGCAGACUUGCUAGAGGUUUACUUUGAAAAGUGCACCGGACUUGUGGAGAACGUCACCAUGAUUCCAGAAGAGCAGGCUGCCAUAGUCACAUUUCAUAGUGAAGAGGAUGUAAAAAAAGUCCUGGGAAGUCGAUGCAUCAUUAACAGACCUGUCUUCAUAUACCCUUAUUUUAUAUCUUUGGGUACCGCCUUGUAUGGCAAAGACAGACCAACAUGGACCCUGCCUACACCAUUCAGAUGGUGGAUCCAUCCUGCUAUCAGGGAAUUCCUCAAUAAGAAGGGGCUAAUAUCCUCCAUCUGUCAAGAGAUGAUCUCACAUUUCUGCCAGGUGAACAUGGACAAAGCUGAAGUCCAGCUCAGUCCUCUUCACACACUGCUCAAACAGGGCGUAACCAAGAGGCAUAUAAUAAACACCUGGAAGAAAAACGCCACAGAUGGCUUUAGAAAAAUACUCUCCAGCUAUGCUGUUGUUGAGUAUCCAGUUAUCCCCUCUGUUUGGUCUGCAGCAGAGAAAGACAUCUGGUCAGUAGUGAAAGACAAUGCUUUCGUGAGGAUGUCUGACGGAGUCCUGGCAGUGGCAGGAAUGGCUCAAGACAUUCAAUUGCUCACGCCAAUUUUUAAAAAUCUUUUGGAGACGGCAUCAGAUCAGGUUGAAAGGCACAAGAGCGGCAUCUCUGAAACUAUCGAGGUGCCCCCUGCCAUGUUCUUGUUGCUUCUGCAGGAAGGAUUUAAAAGCAGAGCUGCAGCUAAAUAUCCCAAGUUGGAGCUCACAUACAAAAAAGACACCAAUCAGUUAACACUGCGUGGUCUUCCUGUGGAAAUUAUUAACAUCAAAAGUUGCGUCCUUGAAAGGAAACUGAACAUGAGACAGAAACCUCUGAAAAUGGAGCCUUCAUUGCUGGAGUUCCUGAGAUCAGUGGACUGUGAGGAGAUGUCAGGAGAUCUGUUCACUUCUAAGGGAAUCCGUGCCAUCUACACCGUUGAAAAUGGGGAUGUUGUGUUGACUGGAAGCUCAGACAAAUCAUUGACUGAGGCAGAGAAAACUCUUCAAACGGCACUUGCGUCCAGUACCCUCUCCUUAGAGGACUUGGGUGUGAUUGAAAAGCCAGAAUGGCGCUCUCUCAAUGAUCAACUGUGUGAAACCUACAACUCAGGGAAGAAAACGGUGAUUAUAAAACCCUCAGAACAGAAGGAUAGACUUGUAGUGUUUGGCUUUAAGCAACCAGUCUUGGAGGUCAGCAGGAGCCUGCAGAAUUUCAUCAACACACACUCAAGAAUUGAAAGAGUUAUUCAGGUCAAGUCAUGUGCUGUGGUGAAGCUCAUAAAUGAGAAAAAGGCACCUGUUUGGCAGAAAUUUGUAAAGCCCAAUGAGGUGACAAUUCAUUUUGACCAAAAAACACCCUCGAUCCGACUGUCUGGGGAGAUUCUGCAUGUCCAACCAGCCAUGGAGAACUUUCAGAAGAUUGCAGACGCUCUCUGCACGGAUAGGCUGAUGAUUAAGAAAGCAGGUGCUAAAAAGUACUUCCAGGAGCAUGGAAGCAUGUUCUUGGCGAUGAUAAAGGAACAUAAAUUUGUGAUUGUGUUUGAUGAAAGGCCAGGUUCUACCACGAAAGAAGGACAUGGCAUUCAGGAACAGGCACCUGUUGUCAGAUCCUCGGCAUCUCCUGAACCCUCUGCAAUGAAGACUAAUGAAGACUUUGUGAAGGUGGGUGAGGAGUUUGAGCCGGCGGUCUUUCAGCUGUGUGCAGUGUCCCAGCAGGACCUCAAUGAAGCCCGAGAACUGAUCAACAGCUUCAUCAUCAAAGAGCAGAUGAGUUCAUCUAUCCGGGACUCCGUCAUCAACAGUUUCACCAGAGAAGACGCAGAGAUGCUGACUAACCUGCAGAGGGAGCUCACGGUCAGCAUCCAGCUUAAUAAGAACGGUCCCGAGCCGGUUAUCACCGUGGAGGGCCUGACCCGAGACGUGGUCAAGGUAGAGGGCACCAUCCGGGACAUGAUCCGCAAAGUGGAGAAGAACGAAGCCCGAAAACGCGAAGCCUUCAUGAUCAGCAGCUUUGUAGAGUGGCAGUAUCUGGACAGCACAAAUAAUCUCGUACCCUUUGAUAUCUACACUAACUAUGACCUGGAGGAGGCUUUUGGGAAAAAACAACCUCACGUAAAGAUCAAGAUCAACAACGAGGAGGUUGAGGCUGAUUUAACCCAAAGAGUGGCUUAUUCAAGAAGCAGAAGGAUUGAAUUGAAGAGGGUUGACCUGAAAGACCAGCCCUCAGUGGCUCUGCCCGGUCACUGGGAGAAAAUGAAAGAUGACAAGUUUGUUACACGGGUCCAAAUUAAACAAGGCAGCCAGGAACACGAGGAUGUGGAGACGGAGUUCAGGAAAACUGGGCUGGCCAAUGAAAUUCUUAACAUCGAGAGAGUCCAGAACAGCACUCUGUGGAAGAACUACAAGAUUAAGAAGAAGCACUUUGAAGAAAAGAACAAGCACAAGAACAAUGAGAAGAGGCUGUUCCACGGCACCGGCCCUGAUAACAUAGACAAGAUCAACCACCAUGGCUUCAACAGGAGCUAUGCUGGCACGCAUGGUGCCAUGUUUGGGAAUGGCGUGUAUUUUGCUGUUGACCCAGGUUACUCAGCCAGGGGAUACUCCAAGCCAGACAAACAAGGUCAUAAGCGCAUGUAUCUGGCCAGAGUGCUGGUUGGUGACUACACCAAAGGAAGAGGUGCUCUAAUUUCCCCUCCAGCCAAGAGCUCUACAGCCACAGAUUUAUACGACAGCGUCACUGAUGAUCAACAAAACCCAAGCAUGUUUGUGAUUUUCCAUGACAUGCAGGCGUAUCCAGAAUACCUGAUCACCUUUCAUUGCUUGGAGAAAAUCAGUGGCGUUCCUGAAAAGGAGUUCACCCUGGAGUUAAUAACAGAAUCAAACAUUGCUGUUCUGAUCUUUAAUGACCUCAAAGUGGCUGAGAAGUUUCUAGUGGAGAGCCGGAGCCAUAAAAAGUUCCAACAGUAUGGUGUUCGAGCUCGAGCUCUGGAAAAAAGUGGAAAGCUUACAUGGGAAUUCCUCAAUAAGAAGGGGCUAAUAUCCUCCAUCUGUCAAGAGAUGAUCUCACAUUUCUGCCAGGUGAACAUGGACAAAGCUGAAGUCCAGCUCAGUCCUCUUCCCACACUGCUCAAACGGGGCGUAACCAAGAGGCAUAUAAUAAACACCUGGAAGAAAAACGCCACAGAUGGCUUUAGAAAAAUACUCUCCAGCUAUGCUGUUGUUGAGUAUCCAGUUAUCCCCUCUGUUUGGUCUGCAGCAGAGAAAGACAUCUGGUCAGUAGUGAAAGACAAUGCUUUCGUGAGGAUGUCUGACGGAGUCCCGGCAGUGGCAGGAAUGGCUCAAGACAUUCAAUUGCUCACGCCAAUUUUUAAAAAUCUUUUGGAGACGGCAUCAGAUCAGGUUGAAAGGCACAAGAGCGGCAUCUCUGAAACUAUCGAGGUGCCCCCUGCCAUGUUCUUGUUGCUUCUGCAGGAAGGAUUUAAAAGCAGAGCUGCAGCUAAAUAUCCCAAGUUGGAGCUCACAUACAAAAAAGACACCAAUCAGUUAACACUGCGUGGUCUUCCUGUGGAAAUUAUUAACAUCAAAAGUUGCGUCCUUGAAAGGAAACUGAACAUGAGACAGAAACCUCUGAAAAUGGAGCCUUCAUUGCUGGAGUUCCUGAGAUCAGUGGAUUGUGAGGAGAUGUCAGGAGAUCUGUUCACUUCUAAGGGAAUCAGUGCCAUCUACACUGUUGAAAAUGGGGAUGUUGUGUUGACUGGAAGCUCAGACAAAUCAUUGACUGAGGCAGAGAAAACUCUUCAAACGGCACUUGUGUCCAGUACCCUCUCCUUAGAGGACUUGGGUGUGAUUGAAAAGCCAGAAUGGCGCUCUCUCAAUGAUCAACUGCUGAUGAUUAAGAAAGCAGGUGCUAAAAAGUACUUCCAGGAGCAUGGAAGCAUGUUCUUGGCGAUGAUAAAGGAACAUAAAUUUGUGAUUGUGUUUGAUGAAAGGCCAGGUUCUACCACGAAAGAAGGACAUGGCAUUCAGGAACAGGCACCUGUUGUCAGAUCCUCGGCAUCUCCUGAACCCUCUGCAAAUGAAGACUUUGUGAAGGUGGGUGAGGAGUUUGAGCCGGCGGUGUUUCAGCUUUGUGGAGAGAGCCAGCAGGACCUCAAUGAAGCCCGAGAACUGAUCAACAGCUUCAUUGUGAAGGAGCAGGCGAGUUCAUCCAUCCAAGACCCCUCCAUCAACCAUUUCACCAGAGAUGAUGCAGAGAUGCUGACUAACCUGCAGAGGGAGCUCAUGGUCAGCAUCCGGUUGAAGAAGAACGGCCCAGAGUUGGUCAUCAUCGUGGACGGCCUGACCCGAGACGUGGUCAAGGCGGAGAGCGCCAUUCGGGACAUGAUCCGCAAAGUGGAGAAGAAUGAAGCCCAAAAAUGUGAGCUCCUCAUAGUCACCAGCUUUGUAGAGUGGCAGUACCUGGACAGCGCAAAUCAGCUGGUGCCUUUUGACAUUUUAACCAAUUAUGACCUGGAGGAGGCUUUUGUACUGAAACAGUCUGGCUUGAAGAUCAGGAUCAAUAACGAGCAGUUUGAGGUGGAUUUAACCCAAAGAGUGGCUGUUGGCAAAAGCAAGAGGAUUGAAUUGAAGAGAGUUGACCGCAGGGAUGACUCCUCUGUGCCUCUGCCCGAUCACUGGGAGGACAUGAUGGGAAGCUUUGUUAAGCGGGUGCAAAUUCACCAAGGCAGCCAGAAAUAAGAUGUGGAGAAUGAGUUCAGAAGAACUGGACUCAACAGUAAAAUCCUUAAUAUCGAAAGAGUCCAGAACAGCACUCUGUGGAGGAGCUUCACGAUCCAGAAGAAUCACUUGGAUGACAAGAAUAAUCACAGGAACAAUGAGAAGAGGCUGUUUCACGGCACCGGCUCUGAUAAGAUCGACAAGAUCAACCACCAUGGCUUCAAUCGGAGCUCUGCUGGGGCGCAUGGUGCUGCAUAUGGGAAUGGCGUGUAUUUUGCUGUUGACCCAAGUUACUCAGCCAGGGGAUACUCCAAGCCUGACCUACAAGGUCAUAAGCACAUGUAUCUGGCCAGAGUGAUGGUUGGUGACUACACCACAGGAAAGGGUGGUCUUCUUUUACCUCCAUCUAAGAGCUCUACAGCCACAGAUUUGUAUGACAGCGUCACUGAUAAUCAACAAAACCCGACUAUAUUUGUGGUCUUUCGUGACGUGCAGGCGUAUCCGGAAUACCUGAUCAACUUUCAGUAGGAGUUGGACUUUAUUUUUAAUGAUCAAUUGUGGGUUAAUUAAGGAACUUGUUGUCCUUUUGUUGUUAUUGAUAUCAUUAGUCCGAAUGAUCAGAGUUUUAAAGGUGUUACUGAGGAAUGUUUUAAUUAGGACUUUGUUUUUCUUAAUGUUGAAAAAGUUUGACCACUAUAAACAGGCUCUAAGGCAGGCGUGUGAAAGGCAGGAUACACCCUGGACAGGUCACCAAUCCAUCGCAGGACAGACGGACAUACACAUUCACAGCUAGGGUCAAUUUAGCAUGUCUUUGGACUGUGGGAGGAAACCCACCCAAACUCUAAGCAGAAAGGACCCUGGUUGCCUGGCUGGGGAAUCAAACCCAGGCCCUUCUUACUGUGAGGCGACGGCGCUACCCACCGCGCUGCCAUUGUCAAUAUAUGUGGGCAGAAACCUGUAAUUAAACAGUUGUCAGGUCCUUUUAAAUGGACCACCUGAGACCCCAGCCUUGGUGUUAAGUACAGUUUUCAUUAUUCUUGCUAUUUAUUGGUAGUGGCAACUGCUAACUACACAAAAUUAACAGCGCUGACCAGGCAGUAGUUCUUGAAAACGUGAUCUCCUCACUAAGACGGUGGCCUUAAGUUCUUGUAACGAGUUGCUUGACCUGCAUCAACAGCCAGUCCAUUAAAACAUUAGUUACAGACUGUA